CCUCCCACCCUUGACAACAUUUUCUUCGACUUUCAGCUAAGGCCAUCGCGUAAAUUUUUGUGGACGUCCUAUUUUGGGGCUAUGGCCACUGUGGACAGCCAUUUGGGACGACUCACUUUACCCUCCCUCCUCCCCGAUGGCUCUAACUUCAACCACUGGAAGCGGAUGGUGGUUCUCACAUUUCAACUCGUCGGCAUCGUUGGUGCCCUUGGUGACUCCACCAUCACCUCUUCGUCCACCGGUCCUAGUGCUUCUUCAACGGCUGACGCGCCGGCCACUCCAUCCACCGAGGCUCGUCGGCCCCCUGCUACCCCUCCCAUUGCAGCAGCUGAGCAAGAACAGCGGGCAUUGCUGUACCUUCUCUCCACACUUCCAACCCAGCUCUCCAUGUCUGUUUCUCCAACCGAGACUGCUGCCGGGUUUCCGUCCGUGCCUACUUUGACCACGUUCGUGGCCUCGAUCUGCAACUGCAAACCAGCGGAUAUAGUCUUCCCUCUUGGGUGACUAUCACCUCUAUCCUCCUCGGUCUUCCCCGGUCCUAUGACACCCUUACCGAGACUCUUUGCUCUGUCCGAGAAAUCAAAGACAUGACACUUGAGUGGCUUGAGGGACGCCUUGUGGAUGCUGAAUGGGACCGUGCUGCCAAGCAAUCUUCAAUCCCGGCUGAUGGUGCUUAUGUCGCACAAUAUGGAACAUCCAAACCGACUUUCAACACCUCUACCCUUUCCUGCCGCUAUUGCAAGGCCGCUGGUCAUGCCAUCACCAACUGCCCACUACUCGAGAAGAAGAAACGGCGACAGCAGCA